CUGUUGGUGCGCGGCGUGCACAACCACUUACCCCGUGCACGCCCUCGGGGCCUUCUUCGACCGCGCGCCGGCGGGCGCCGCGCCGUUUGCGCACCUGUCGUGCGGGUGCAUUCUCAGCUUGGUGCGGCGGCUCGCCCAUGAGGCCGGCGAGCGCGACUCUGCGCACUUUUGCACGAAGUCCUUCCGGCGUGGCCACGCGGAGACUUUACGCCGCAGCGGUGGCAGGCUCGCAGAGAUUUUCCGUGCGGGCUGCUGGCGCUCGGGCGCGUUCCUCGACUAUAUGGAUCGAGAAGAGCUCGAGGGCGACGCCAUGCUGGAGGCGCUGCAG